AUGACGGCAGGAGUGAAGCGACGACUAGAGGAUCCUACCGAAGAGGUCAAAUCCAAGAUAUCAAAGACCAUUCCCCCAAGCUCACAGCCAAUUACGCCGACUGAAUCCUCGCUCAUCCCAUCCCACUUCCCUGCCUGCAUGCACCCACAACUCGCCCGCAUUACCGCCUCUCAGCGCACGCCGUUCGAGAAGCGCGUGUGGACCGCGCUGUGCCAGAUCCCGCGGGGCCACUUUACGACCUACGGCCUGCUGGCGGCAUAUCUGCAAUCGUCACCGCGGGCGGUGGGCAACGCUCUGCGGCGCAACCCGUUCGCCCCGGAAGUGCCGUGCCACCGGGUGGUGGCGACGGGAGGCGCUCUGGGCGGCUUCAAGGGCAAGUGGCCAAGAGACGGUGAGGGGAUCACGAUCGACGAGAAGAAGAAGCUGUUGAGGGGCGAGGGGAUCAGGCUGGAUGGCAAGGGCAAGGUGGUUGGAACUCCAUAUAGUGGGUUCGUGUGA